AUGCAGAACAUCCUCGACACCUUAUGGCAAGCCACCCUCCUGUGGAACGGCCUCUUCACCAACAACGCCUCCACAUCUACCGCCCCGUCUCUGAAUAUAACCUCCUUCGGAAGCCUCGGAAACACCGGCCCUUCCAACCCCAUCCUCCAGCACUCUUCCGGCGGCAAAGCAAUCUGCCUCACCGGCACACUCGCUGUCCCAGUCACCUCCAGCCAGGCUACCAUCCUCUACCCUGGCCCGCGCGAUAACUAUGAACUCACUGAAUUCUUAACCGAUCUGUUCAGCAUAAACAGCAAUGCAUUCAUCCGCUACAUUGGCCCUUCAUCCACAGUCUCAGAUACCUUCAGCAUAUACGUCAAGCUCUGCGUUCCGGCUGAUGAAGAGAAGACGAGGGGGCUUAGUAGCGUGCAGUUCCUAACGCAUGGCGGAAUAGGUGAUAGCUCGUACUGGGAUUUUGCAGAGGGGUAUAGCUACGCCGAUGCUGCUGCUGAGCAAGGGUAUGCGACGUUCUCGUAUGAUCGGCUCGGGAGUGGGAAGUCGGACAAACCGGAUCCGGUGCAGGUUGUGCAGGCGCCGUUGCAGGUCGAGAUCGCGCAUUUGCUGGUUGGCAUGUUGAGAGACGGGAACAUUGGUAACAUGGCGUUCACAAAAGUAGUAGGAGUCGGGCAUUCGCUGGGCUCAGCGGUCACGCAGAGCGAAUCGGCUAGGUAUCCUGACGAUUUCGACGCAGUCGUGCUUACUGGGCACUCAGGCCACAGAGGCGGAGCGGGAAUCGCUCUUUCAUCCACGGCUCGGCAGAUCGCGAAUACGAUGGAAGGUCGACCGGAGUGGAAGGAUCUGCCGAAUGGGUACUUCACCCUGGGUCCCGCGCCCCAGACACUGCAAUUUGCGUUCUUUUUCUACCCGCAUUUCGAUCCUGAAAUCUUCCUCAAAGAAUUCAAAACCUAUGGGACGAGCACCAUUGGGGAGACGUUGACGCUGGGGAGUAUAUACACACCAGCACCGGGGUUCAAGAAGCCAGUGCUCGUGUUGAACGGCCAGCAGGAUCUGUUCUACUGCCAGGGAGACUGUCUUAGAGACGGAGAUGUAACGGCGCAGGCGCUAGCAGUGUUCUAUCCCAAUGCGCCAUCCGACCAGUCACAGGCUGUUACGCUGCCGGAUAUGGCGCACCAAAUCAACAUGCAUCUGGGGCGAUUGCAGGCUUUCGAGAAGAUGCUAGAUUUUGUUUCACGGGUGGGAAUCAAGCCGUGA